AUGUACGAAGGGAUUCACAACUUGAAAUCCCUUUACGAACGUGCCGGGAAGACUUUCUCCGGCGGUCCUUCUGCGGCACAGGAUGUGCCGCGUCGUACUGUUCAACCAGACCCAGUACGUCGAUCAUCAGUUGGGGGCGGGGCUCCCAAGUACCCCAGGACGGGGUAUAGCCGCGCCACCGGACGAGAUAACUCGUCCGACGUCCGUUCACGUCGCGGUGGUUCAACAGCUGCUCAACUAGAUAGCGCUGGCCACCGCGAGAGUCCUCCAUUGGAGGUGGAGGAGGAGGAAAGACGCUCUCCACACGAUCAUGGGGAUCCGUGGGUUCCCGAGAGCUUCUUUGAUCGCGUAACGCAAGGGUUACGCAACGAUCUCGAACAUGAGCGGGACGGGCGUCUCCAAAUGGCGGACACUGUCUCGAAGCAUCGAGCUGAGUUUGCCUUUGCUCAGCUUGAGAACGAGAGAUCUCUGACAUCUCUUCGUGACGAGCUAAGGGUAGCUCGUGGGAUUGUUGAUCGGUCUCGGGAUGAGAUAGCUGCUCUUCAGACCCUUGUUGAUGCCCACCAUCGGGAGCACAAGGAUCUCUGCGAGAUGCUUGAGCGCAAGGGCGUUCUUCAUCGGAAGAAGCAGCGUACUGAUGGUACGGCUUAA